AUGAGGCAGAGGAGUCUGUACUACGCUCGCAUGGAUAUUAAACAUCUCAAGCUGAAAGCAAUAUACCUCCAGGUUCCUUCAUCUUCAUCAUCAGAGGUGGUGCAGGGCUUCAACAUUGGCUGCACAGGAAGAGUUUUCCGGCGAGAAAUGAGGCUUCGAGGCGGCGACCCCGCCAGGGGUCGUCUGUUGCUAGUGGCAUUGGCCAUUUUGGGUGUUUCAGUGGUGGUCUCAGCAGACCCUUAUGAGCACAAGUCUUCUCCACCACCACCAUAUGAGUACAAGUCUCCACCACCACCCUCACCUUCACCUCCACCAUAUGAAUAUAAGUCUCCUCCCCCACCACCAUAUGAGUACAAGUCUCCACCACCACCCUCUCCUUCACCACCACCAUAUGAGUACAAGUCUCCUCCCCCACCACCAUAUGAGUACAAGUCUCCACCACCACCCUCACCUUCACCUGCACCGUAUGAAUACAAGUCUCCUCCCCCACCACCAUAUGAAUAUAAAUCUCCUCCCCCACCACCAUAUGAGUACAAGUCUCCACCACCACCCUCUCCUUCACCUGCACCAUAUGAAUACAAGUCUCCUCCACCACCACCAUAUGAAUAUAAGUCUCCUCCCCCACCACCAUAUGAGUACAAGUCUCCACCACCACCCUCUCCUUCACCUCCACCAUAUGAGUACAAGUCUCCUCCCCCACCACCAUAUGAGUACAAGUCUCCACCACCACCCUCACCUUCACCUGCACCGUAUGAAUACAAGUCUCCUCCCCCACCACCAUAUGAAUAUAAGUCUCCUCCACCACCCUCUCCUUCACCUGCACCAUAUGAAUACAAGUCUCCUCCACCACCACCAUAUGAAUAUAAGUCUCCUCCUCCACCUUCACCCUCUCCACCACCACCAUAUGAGUACAAGUCUCCACCACCACCCUCUCCUUCACCUGCACCAUAUAAAUACAAAGUCUCCUCCCCACCACCAUAUGAGUACAAGUCUCCACCACCACCCUCUCCUUCACCUGCACCAUAUAAAUACAAGUCUCCUCCCCCACCACCAUAUGAGUACAAGUCUCCACCACCACCCUCUCCUUCACCUGCACCAUAUAAAUACAAGUCUCCUCCACCACCACCAUAUGAAUAUAAGUCUCCUCCUCCACCUUCACCCUCUCCACCACCACCAUAUGAGUACAAGUCUCCACCACCACCCUCUCCUUCACCUGCACCAUAUAAAUACAAGUCUCCUCCACCACCACCAUAUGAAUAUAAGUCUCCUCCUCCACCUUCACCCUCUCCACUACCACCAUAUGAGUACAAGUCUCCACCACCACCCUCUCCUUCACCUGCACCAUAUGAGUACAAGUCUCCUCCCCCACCACCAUAUGAGUACAAGUCUCCACCACCACCCUCACCUUCACCUGCACCGUAUGAAUACAAGUCUCCUCCCCCACCACCAUAUGAAUAUAAGUCUCCACCACCGCCCUCUCCUUCACCUGCACCAUAUGAAUACAAGUCUCCUCCACCACCACCAAUGAAGCCUCCACAUCCACCAUACUACUAUAAUUCUCCACCACCACCAGUGAAGCCUCCACAUCCGCCAUACUACUAUAAUUCUCCGCCACCACCAGUUAAGCCACCACAUCCACCAUACUACUACACUUCUCCUCCACCACCACCAAUGAAGCCUCCACAUCCACCAUACUACUAUAAUUCUCCACCACCGCCAAUGAAGCCUCCACAUCCGCCAUACUACUAUAAUUCUCCACCACCACCAGUUAAGCCACCACAUCCACCAUACUACUACACUUCUCCUCCACCACCACCAAUGAAGCCUCCACAUCCACCAUACUACUAUAAUUCUCCACCACCGCCAAUGAAGCCUCCACAUCCGCCAUACUACUAUAAUUCUCCACCACCGCCCUCUCCUUCACCUGCACCAUAUGAAUACAAGUCUCCUCCACCACCACCAAUGAAGCCUCCACAUCCACCAUACUACUAUAAUUCUCCACCACCACCAGUGAAGCCUCCACAUCCGCCAUACUACUAUAAUUCUCCACCACCACCAGUGAAGCCUCCACAUCCACCAUACUACUACACUUCUCCACCACCACCAGUUCCUUACCACCCCCACCCCCACCACCCCAUGCUCGUUAAGGUAGUUGGAAAAGUUUACUGCUACAGAUGCUACGACUGGGACUACCCAAAGAAAUCCCAUGACAAGAAACAUCUCAAAGGAGCUGUAGUAGAGGUUACGUGCAAGGUUGGUGACAAGAAGAUUGUGGCAUAUGGAAAAACUAAGAUUAAUGGAAAGUACAGCAUCACACUUGAAGGGUUUGAUUAUGGCAAAUAUGGAGCUAAGGCAUGCAUGGCUAAGCUGCACAUGGCGCCAAAGGAUUCCAAAUGCAACAUUCCAACCAAUCUCCACUGGGGCAAAACGGGUGCUGAACUCAGAGUCAAGUCCAAGACUGACUAUGAAGUCGUGCUCUACGCAAAACCAUUUGCUUAUGCUCCCAAGACUCCUUAUGAGGAAUGUGAGAAGCCCAAGCCAACUCCUGCUCCUUACCACUACAUAUCUCCUCCGCCACCAACUUAUGUCUAUAAAUCACCACCACCUCCACCACCAACUUACCUAUACAAGUCACCGCCACCACCAGUGAAACCUCCACCAAAGCCGUAUUAUUACGUCUCCCCACCACCACCAACUUAUGUCUAUAAAUCACCACCACCUCCACCACCAACUUACCUAUACAAGUCACCGCCACCACCGGUGAAACCUCCGCCAAAGCCGUAUCAUUACGUCUCCCCACCACCACCUACUGUAUCUCCACCGCAUUAUUACUACACAUCACCACCACCACCGGUGAAACCUCCGCCAAAGCCGUAUCAUUACAUCUCCCCACCACCACCGGAGAAAUCUCCACCACCACCCUAUCCUUACAUCUCCCCGCCACCGCCGGAGAAAUCUCCACCACCACCCUAUCCUUACAUCUCCCCACCACCGCCGGAGAAAUCUCCACCACCGCCCUAUCCUUACAUCUCCCCGCCACCGCCGGAGAAAUCUCCACCACCACCCUAUCCUUACAUCUCCCCGCCACCGCCGGAGAAAUCUCCACCACCACCCUAUCCUUACAUCUCCCCGCCACCGCCGGAGAAAUCUCCACCACCACCCUAUCCUUACAUCUCCCCACCACCGCCGGAGAAAUCUCCACCACCACCUUAUCCUUACAUCUCCCCGCCACCGCCGGAGAAAUCUCCACCACCACCCUAUCCUUACAUCUCCCCGCCACCGCCGGAGAAAUCUCCACCACCACCUUAUCCUUACAUCUCCCCACCACCGCCGGAGAAAUCUCCACCACCUCCAUACCACUACACCUCACCUCCCCCACCCGAAAAAUCACCUCCUCCACCAGUCUACACUUAUGCUUCUCCCCCACCCCCAACUCACUACUGAGCUCCAACAGCUCCGCCACUUUCCACCUUCAAGAAAAUUUCCAUUUCAACCAAAGAAUAAAGGAAGGCUUCUUGAGAAGAAGAUACAGACGUCAAAUAUCCUUGAAGGACAUUACAUUCCUCAAUAAGGUCUUCAUCAUGAAAUGCAUAGGCACAAAACUUUCUGACAUGGACCAGUUUGCUUCUACUUCUCUGGUGGCCCUCUUACACAUAAUCAUCAUCCUAGCGCCUUCAAAGUGGACAAGUGGCUAGCCUCAAAUGUUUAUUUAUUUGGACAUAGUGAGAUUAGUCAGCGAGAAUGGAGGGGGUUUUAGAGUUGUUCAUUAUAAUUUAUUACCUGUAUAGAGGAUGCAUGGCCUUCUUGUGAGAUUGAUAUUUAUAUUUAUUACUCGGGUGUUUCUUUAAUUUUCUUGUGUAUUGUGCCCUCAACAAUUGUUAGCAAUAAAAGAAUUGAUAUUUAUAUUAAUUA